GCUCCUCUAUUCACUGUGUGCCCAGCCGGCCUUAUCGCCAUCAGUCUGACAUUCUGUUUAUCUGACGCUGCAGACAAAUCUGCUAGCCUGAGAGAAACAGACACAAAGAAUAUGGAUGAUCAGCAGUUUAGCUGUGGAGGCCCCGGAGCCCAUCGCUCUCGCUUACCCAGCUUUCCCAGCAGCCCUCAGUGUUCAUCUGGGGUUUGGCCCAACAGCCACAGUUUGAGGAUAUGCUUUUCUUUUUCAGGGUUUCUUAUAUCUGGUGCAUUAAACUCCAGUUGGUGGAUAUUUAAAGUCGAUAUAUUCAAUCGGCAUCACUGAGCUGAAGCCUUGGAGUCCCUAUAGAGACGAGAAGCAGGGUUACGUUUUUACACCUAGGGUGACAGAAGACCAGGAGCCUGCUACCAUGGCGUCUUUUCAGUUGGAUUUUCUUCCAGAAAUGUUGGUGGAUCAUCACUCUUUGGACGCUGCUCCUGCCAGGAAGAAGAUGAAUGGAGCCCUGGACCAUUCUGAUCAACCAGACAUUGAUGCUAUUAAGAUGUUUGUAGGGCAAAUCCCACGGUCUUGGUCAGAGGAGCAGCUUCAUGAACUGUUUAAUCCCUACGGAGCAAUCUACGAGAUUAAUAUUCUGCGAGACCGCAGCCAAAACCCACCACAGAGCAAAGAGUUUGUUUCAAAGAACGAGGCGAUGCAUCACCCAAUCCAGAUGAAGCCAGCUGACAGUGAAAAAAGCAAUGCAGUAGAGGACAGAAAACUUUUUAUUGGAAUGAUCUCCAAGAAGUGCAAUGAAAACGACAUUCGAUUGAUGUUCUCACCAUACGGACAGAUAGAGGAAUGUCGGAUACUUCGAGGCCCCAAUGGACUCAGUCGUGGAUGUGCAUUUGUAACAUUUACAAGUCGACAGAUGGCACAGUCUGCUAUCAAGUCAAUGCAUCAGUCACAAACACUGGAGGGCUGUUCAUCACCCAUUGUGGUGAAAUUUGCGGAUACUCAGAAAGACAAGGAGCAGAAACGCCUAGCUCAACAGCUGCAGCAGCAGAUGCAGCAACUUAGUGCUGCUUCCAUGUUGGGAAAUCUAUCUGGUUUCCACAAUCUUGGGCCACAGUUCCUUGCAUUGUACUUGCAGAUGUUGCAGCAGUCCACCUUGACAGGGGCUACACUCAGCAAUCUACACCAAGUUUCAGGUCUGAAUACCAUGCAGAAUCUGGCAGCUUUAGCUGCUGCAGCAACAGCCACUCAGGGUUCAUCUUCUUCUUCCAGCUCCAUGGCAACAUCUGGUAGUCCAUUAAGUGCACUAACCAGCACAGGCAUGGCAACAAUAAAUGGCGGUCUUUCCUCUGGUGGUUUGUCGCAUGGCUCAGGUACUACAAUGGAAGCACUGAGCCAAGCAUACUCUGGCAUUCAGCAGUAUGCAACUGCUGCACUGCCCAACCUGUAUAAUCAGAGCCUUCUAUCCCAGCAAAAUCUGUCUGCAGCAGCAGGAAGCCAAAAGGAAGGUCCAGAAGGAGCAAACCUUUUCAUUUACCACUUACCCCAGGAGUUUGGAGACCAGGAUCUGUUGCAGAUGUUUUUGCCCUUCGGAAAUGUGAUCUCAGCGAAGGUUUUCAUUGACAAACAGACCAACCUUAGCAAGUGUUUUGGCUUUGUGAGCUACGAUAAUCCAGUGUCAUCACAGGCAGCCAUCCAAUCCAUGAACGGCUUCCAGAUUGGGAUGAAAAGGCUGAAGGUUCAACUGAAGCGUUCAAAGAAUGAUAGUAAGCCGUACUGAUAUAUUGACGAGGACUGCAGAUGAAGGAAGCACAUUAUGAACAAACAGCCAAGAUUUAUUUGUUUUAUGGUUAAGGUACGCUCUAUGAUAUUUUAUCUUGUUUAAGCAGCGAAAUGGGUCAAAUAGUUGAAGUUUUUUUCUCCUGUUUUACUGAUAUUUGUAAGUUAUUUAUUAUAGAAUGUAAUGUAUAACAGAAAAGGUACAGAAUCUGUUUGCAUAGCCACCCAUGCUUGUGUAAGACAAGAUCUGUUUUUCUACAUUGAAUUGAUGCUUAUAUUUUGUAAAAUCAUCCUGCUUGAUGAUUGUUUAAUUGGAUUUAAGUCAGGUACAGAUUGUGGUUUACAAUGAUUCUUUUUCUUUUUUCUAAUCUGUUGUCAUCAGUGAUCUGACAUCAGUCUUUCUGAGUGCAUAAUCAUAAUCUAGUUGUUGUCUCUGAAUAACAGCUGAAUGGCAUAUUAAGUAUUGUUAUGUGAGAGUUU